UUCGUUUUCUCAGGAAAAAAGUUCUCUGAGGAACAGAAACUCGGCGACAACUUUGGAGAAGGAAAAACAACCCACAGAGACAACUUCUGUGCAAUAGCUAAGCUGACAUAUCUUACAACAGAGAGUAUGGCUACUGGAGAAGCUGCUGAGCAAACUGCGCGUGGAGUUGACGUUGAGGAAGGGAAGCUGUCCGGAGACGAAUUAGACGCCAAACCUGACCGCGGAGGAAGAUUUCUGCUGUUCAAGAGUAAGAAGAAUAAGGAUGGCCAGACGCGCGAGCAGGACUACUCUUCUGAAAGCCAUUACAGAAUUGUUUCACCAACAUUCCAGUAUAAGAUGAGCCACCAGCGAGUGGGCAAGUGCAUCAUCAUCAACAACAAAAACUUUGAUGAAAAGACAGGGAUGAAUGUACGCAACGGCACGGACCGAGACGCAGGGGAGCUGUUCAAAUGCUUCAAGAGCCUGGGCUUCGAUGUCUUCAUCUACAACGAUCAGACAUGUGAGAAGAUGGAGCGUCUUCUCAGAGAGGCCUCGGAGGAAGACCAUAGUGACAGCUCGUGUUUCGCCUGUAUCCUGCUAAGCCAUGGCGAGGAAGGCAUGAUCUACGGAACAGACGGAGCCAUGCCCAUCAAGUCCAUGACCUCAUUGUUCAGGGGGGACAUGUGCAAAAGCUUAGUCGGAAAGCCAAAACUCUUCUUCAUCCAGGCUUGCCGGGGUUCCGAAUUUGAUGACGGUAUACAGACAGAUUCGGGUCCGCCAAACGAUACCCAGGAGACGGAUGCUAAUCCAAGACAUAAGAUCCCUGUAGAGGCAGAUUUCCUCUUUGCCUACUCUACUGUGCCAGGGUAUUACUCAUGGAGGAACCCUGGGCGCGGCUCCUGGUUCGUCCAGGCGCUCUGCAACGUCCUAAACGAGUUUGGCAAGCAGCUGGAGAUAAUGCAGAUCCUGACACGGGUCAACUACAUGGUGGCCACCAGCUUCGAGUCCUGGUCUGAAGACCCACGCUUCAGCGAGAAGAAGCAGAUUCCCUGCGUGGUCUCUAUGCUGACGAAAGAACUGUAUUUCAACUGACCGCCGGGUCGAAGCGACUGUACUGUAUGACAUCACAGACCGACCGACCGACUGUUUCAGGUACCGACUUAGUGGUCAAAGCAUUCAGGGAUGAUUCAGGCCCAGCAGGACGCUGCACAUUUGGAGCACAUAUUUGGAUGUGUAGUUGGGCCCGAAAAAACAAGCACUCCGUGAAAAACUAAAUAAAUAUUUACAGUGGCACUCUCGGUGAAACCUCUUCCUCUUCUUCAGGUUAUUCUUUGGAAUAAUGGCGUCACAUUAGAGCUGAUCUUUUUUUGGACAGGCAUGUGAAAUAUCAAUGUUUUUCCACCAGCCCGGAAAAUUUGCUGCCACUUUUUGUGGGUUCGGGGGAAUCAUAUCUGAAUAUGCGUCUCUCCAUUUUCUAGCACUUGCGAUAGAUGUUGAAAGGAAGAGUGGACAAGGGAGUCUUCAGGCUAAACGUGGCUCUUGCAUUUAUUAUAUGAAAUUGGUUUUGAAUAACUGAAAUAAUUUGAAUUUAGUGUUCUGAGAGAAGUCUUUCCAGACAUAGAUAAUAUCCUGCCUCGUGCAGUCCAAUACUCCUGUGUCACCAUUACACAGUCAAAUAAAAUUGGAGACCAGGUGACAGUUGAAUGUCUGUAAAAGCCUAUAGAAAGUCUAUAGAAACAACCCCCACUAGGAAAAUGAAUAAAUUGAUUGAUUUUAAACCCUUUGAUUGCCACAGGCGAGAUGAGGGAGCUGCCUUAGUCUGAUGUAUUGUCAGAGCAGGAAGGGGGGGGGGGACAUCUGGAAAAUGGAUCAGAUCAUUUUCAGCUAUCUGUGUUUUAACGUUUUUCACCUGUCAAUUGUCACAGAAAAGAGACAACAGAAAAAAGACAACCCUCCUCUGAGCACAAACAUGUGAAUAUGCUUUUGCCAAAGGCUCAGUGUCUCAGCCUUCCUAGCGAGUUUCAGUCGGUAGCUGCACGCUGGCAUCCUCAGGUUCUUUAAUGUCCCAUGAAGUGGGUUGAUGUAAUGUUAAAGAAUGUCAUAUACGUAUUUGUUAGGAAGGUGUGAUCUUUUGUUUUGCUGUGUAGUGAUUAGUUCUAUGAGAUUUUGGGUCAAGUGCAUAGUAUAUAGUCCACUCCCACAAAAGCAAAGGAUUAUUUGCAAUUUGCCAGUUUUCUCAGCCUGAUGUUAAUAACUUCGCUCGCUUGUCGUACAAAACCCACGAGUAAGCGAAGUUUUUGUAUUUGCAUAUAAUCAAAAUUACGCACUUGCCUUAUUAGUCAGGUUCCAACAAAUCAGUUUAUGAAUUUCCCUUUUUUUAAUCUUUAAAGUUCGACAUUCCUCUUUAAUAACUUUAAUAGAUAAUAGGAUAUAUGUUGUAGGAUUUUUUUUUCACACCAAUUUGAGAAUGUCAAAAACUGUCAUAAAUUUGGGAACUAUAGUGUAAAGCUGGACUAAGGCCCAAAGCACAAAUGCCACAUCAUUUCACUGUAUAUUAGUGUUGUAUAUUGUCAUAACACACACUACAUUCUGGUAAGAGUUACCCAGCAAAGUCUUCCUAUUUAUUUUUUUAUUGAUCUUUAAUUUAGAAAGAUUUAAAGACCCAAAUUCAGAAAGAAAUGUAUAUAAUAUUUUUAAGCACUUUGUGCACAUUGCAAAGUUUUUUAAAAACAAUAUUGCCUAAUUUAAUAAAUUGAUUAUUAUCAUUGAGCUAUAUGGUCAAAAAAAAAAAAAAUAGACAUUUGCUGACGGUCAUUACAACUAAAACAAAGUUUGUUUCUGCAAAUACGCUGUGUUAUUGUGCCAAAGUCUGUCAAUCACAGAGGCAGCUAUUACUGGUGGUGACAAGUCUGAACAUACACAAUCCACAUGUCCGAAAUACACACUCACUGUUGCUGCGAUGUUUUGACAUUAUUCACAUGAUUGCAUGUGUCAGUAACUUAAGGGGGAAAGUUCAGCAAUAGCUUUAACUUGUCAUUAUAUUUUCCCCUUUUCACUCCUUGUAUUUUUUAUCAGUUGUUCGGUUACACUUUUACAUUAUCUUUCUAGUUGCCAAAAGUGUGAUCAAUAAUGGCUUAAGUUAGAGACGCGUCCCAUUCUACACCCAGUGCACUUGUCCAAUACAGCCACAACUCAACACAUGGAUCUCUGAUCAGCGAUGUGGUGCCCAGCCUGUGCUGAAAGGAGUGUUUGCUCCACUUGUUUUGGAUUGGAAUUUAAAGGAGGGAAAAAUAUUUUUUAAGGGUAAAAUUGUAAAUGCUUUCCAGUGUUAAAUGCUGUUGUCCUCAGGAAUAUAUUUGAAAAGGUUUUUGGGAAAAAAAUGAAUGAAUGAAUUACAUUGAAAGUAUAAUCUGGCUCAUCUUUUUUUCUUUUUAAUUUGGGGCAAUACCUUGUUUAGAUCACUUCAAAACAGAGGAAUGCUUAUGUAAACAUUUGAUUGUAUUAAACAUAAAGAGUUUAUUCUGUAA